GGGUACCUCUAUGAUGAAGACAAAAUGGGAAUGCGCGUCACCUCAGGCACCGUCAAAAUCGUCAAAGACGAGGGCAACCUGAUUGGCAUCAGCAUUGGCGGGGGAGCCCCCAACUGCCCCUGUCUUUACGUGGUCCAAGUUUUUGACGGAACUCCGGCGGCUCUUGAUGGGACUUUAGAAGCAGGAGAUGAACUCCUGAGCGUCAAUGGAAAGACGGUGAAGGGAGCCACUAAGGUGGAGGUCGCCAAGAUGAUCCAGUCAAUUAAGGAGGAGGUGACGGUCGGCUACAAUAAACUGCAUGCCGAUCCAAAACAGGGAAAAAGCCUGGACAUUGUCCUCAAAAAGCUAAAGCACAAAAUGGUCGACGGGAUGAGCUCUACGACGGCCGACGCUCUGGGACUUUCUAGGGCUAUUUUGUGCAAUGACAGUCUAAUAAAAAAACUUCAAGAGCUGGACCGCAACGAGUACAUUCUCAAGGGACUGGUCAGUCAUCUCAACUUUACCAUCAAGGCGUACGUUGAGAUGACGCAGACGUAUAAAGAUUUUAGUGACGUCUUUGCGGAGAUUGGCGCCCACGAGCCGCAAACUGAAGCGAGCAAGGCGUUCACGCAGUUCAGCGAAACGCAUCGUCACUUUGAAAAGGAAGGUCAAACGCUGACCGCAGAACUGAAACCGAUUCUCGGCGACCUGAACACCUACCUAAACAAGGCAAUACCUGACACACGACUGACUAUUAAAAAGUACGCCGACCAGAAGUUUGAGUAUCUGUCCUACUGCCUAAAAGUGAAAGAGAUGGACGACGAGGAGUACACCUACACGGCCCUCUCCGAGCCGCUGUACCGCGUGGAGACGGGCAACUACGAGUACCGACUGGUGCUUCGAUGUCGCCAGGAGGCUCGGAAACGCUUCGCCGCUCUUCGAUCUGACGUUCUCGUAAAGAUGGAACUGCUCGAUCAGAAGCACGUCCAGAACGUGGCCACGCAGGUGAUUCGAGUCAUUGCGGCGAUGGGCAAGUUCAACACCACCUGUGCGGGCCACCUCGACAGCGGCAGCCUCGCCUUUCCCAUUGAGCUGGACCUCUCCAAGACGAGCUGCCUGCGGCUGCCGGAAACGGCUGCUGAGGAUGGAGAGCAGUACCUGUCUACCUCACCGGAAACGGCAAUGGGCAACAACAACAACAGCAAAGGUUUUGGAGUUUAUCGAGACGAUAUUGAGGGUGAUGAUUAUGAUGAUGAAGUUGAUCCAGAGCUGGCAGAUGAGGCCACCUCAUUACUGACCGCCAAGGAACGAGCUGAAGCAAAUGGACUGCUAGAAAGAAGUGCCGGUGGCAGUUAUUUUACCGCUGAUGAUCAACAGGUGGUUGAGGAAAAAAUUACUACUACUGCUGCCAAUAAGGAACAGAAUGGAAAAGGUCCCGUCAGUCUGAUUGACAUUUUUGGCGAGAUGGAGUUGAAGAGUGAAAAGGAGGAAGAUGAUGAUGAUGAGGGUAAAAAGAAAAACAAUAAGAAAGAUGAUAGUUUGCUGAUGUUUUGA